CAGUAUUAUCUUAUUGGCAGAUAUCAACCAUUUUAACUAAAUCAUAUUUAUUUCUUAUUUCUUGAAAUAAAUACCAAAAUAAGCGUAGAAUGAUUUGUAGACAUGAUAUAAAGGAUAAAACGCCCGGCAUAUUUUAAUCGAUUGAAACAUCCGUACGGAUGUUAAAAUCCUGUAGGCAGAUUCAAAUUUUUCCAAUGGAAAACGUACUGCACGUAGCCAUGGGUGAACUGGCUUCCUUAUCGAAUAAUUAACACACGUAAUAUGGGUGAUUAUUGAUACUAGGACGCAUUGUAAGCCCGCUCUGGUAAGUACUAAUACACUUUAUCUAUUUUUGCCGCAAAGCAGUUAUCGGGGUGACAUUUAAUUAAACCAUUUACCUAAUCUAUCUCCUACAACCCGCCACGAAUUGAGCGAUGUAGGAAAUUGCAGCCAAUGUGAUCUGCACGGCAGCCAUUUUAAUGUACAGCCAAAAUUUUGCGGGGAGAAGAUAGAAUUGCAGAACGCUCUUCUUAUUGAAAUAUCACGACAAGAAACAACGAAGAAAAACGUCCCACAGAAGCUGUUUGAAAGUGACUGGCCAAGCCCACACUGGAGAAAUCGUUGACAUGGUUAUAAUUGAGCCUAUCUAUCGCAAUUUGAUGAAUCGGUGGUCAUUGGUAGCGAGUGAUAAUAAAUCAGCAGUUGAAUUUGCAUUUUCACAAUUCGUUCUAUUUAAUUUUUUAUGAAAUAGACGAUAUUUCCUUUGCUUUCUCAUUGAACAAAUCGAGUAGAGCAUUGUCUUUGGUUGAAAUUGUGUAAUUUUAGCAUAAUUGUUUAUGGAACCCCAUAUAAAGAAUCUAAAUUACAAAGACACGAAUGAUCAAAAAAAAAUCGGACCUUUCACUUACACUAAGUAACAAUUGUAUAUGACUAUCUAACAAAAUUGACUUUUUGAAAUGACUAAAUGUUAUACAAAUAAGUCGGUUAAAUUACUUUUUAGUUUUAGUCCACUUUGACGUAAAAGUAAAACAUCUUUCUGCUUUAAUCAGAACUUGUUCCAGUUUCGUUUCUUUUAAGAAGUUUUUAUGCCGAAUUCUUUAUAUGAGUGACACAACUGGCUUCAGCCAUUUGGUGCCCGUGUCUAGCUCGACGUUACAAGAGCGCAUAAAUUUAUUUGUGAAGCGGUGAUUGCAUUCAAUCUGUAUGCAACUGUUACGCGUCGCCUCGACUAUGUCUUACCAAGGAUCACCAUAUUCCGGCCCGGGGGAUGAAUACGAUUUUGAAGACGAUGGGUACGACGAUUUAGACGACUUCAGAGACCGAGAAGAAACCGUCCCACCUCCUGCACCAGUGUUAGACAGCGACGAAGAUACAGAAGAGGCAAGCGAGGCAGAACUACCGAACAACAAUGAACCUCUGGAAGUUAAAGAACAAAUAUAUCAAGAUAAACUUGCAAAUUUCAAGAAGCAACUGCAGCAAUUGGAAGACAGCCUCCAUCCUGAGUUCUUGCGUCGGGUGAAGAGGUUAGAACAUCAGUUACAAGAGAGGUUACGAUUGAACAGAAUAUACAAAGAUCACAUGUAUGAAGUGGUAGACAGGGAGUAUGUCGCCGAAAAAAAAGCUGCAGCUAAAGAAUUUGAAGAGAAGAAGGUUGAGUUACGCGAGAACUUGCUCACUGAUUUUGAAGACAAGAGGAAACUGAUUGAGAGUGAACGACACAGCAUGGAAUUGAAUGGUGAUUCAAUGGAGGUGAAACCAGUAAUGAAGAGAAUAUUGCGGAGGCGAGCCAACGAGCCGGCCCCGGCGCCGGAGAAGCGCCGCAAGCCGCUGGCCACCACGCUCACGUUCCAGCUGGACGAGCGCGACAUCGAGGCCGACCUCCGCGCCAUACAGCGGACCACCCCGCCCAGGCAUCCCGUGCAGCACAACACCGCGCAGCCCAGGAAACAUCUCAACUCUGGCAGUACAUGCGACUCCCCUAUUCGGGAGAGCGAGACCUGCGACACUCGUGUGGAAGACGGCAAGCUGUUGUACGAGAGGCGCUGGUACCACCGCGGGCAAAGUGUCUACGUCGAGGGGCGGGACCUUCCAAAGUUCCCCGGACACAUCCACGCCAUUACAGAUGAGGCGAUAUGGGUAAAGAAGACGAAUGUGGAACGAAUAAGGAUAUACAUAUCGCAGUUAGCGCGCGGUAAAGUGACGUUAAAACGACGAGCGUCGUAAUCGUUGCGGUGUUACGCGUUACGCGUUACACGUUACACGUUACGCGUUACGCGCUGUGAUACAAGCUGCGUGCAGUGUUACGGGUGUGUUUGUGUGUGCGGACACUAGGACAAACGCUAGAUAUUUGUAUAUAUGAUUGUAUUAUAGUUUUAUAUCUUGUCGUGACAAUGGAUUGUAAAGUUUGUUUUGGUCAGAAAUGUAAUUAUAAUAUGCUUACGAGGAUCACAUAUUUGUAUAAAAGUGUUGAAUUUAUUAUAUGCUGGUAUCUUUAAUUUUGGUUCAGCAUUUUUUUUAUUGCCUUUGUAGGCAGACGAGCAUACGGCCCGCCUGAUGGUGAGUGGUUACCGUCGCCCAUGGACUUCAGCAAUGCCAGGGGCAAAGCCAAGCCGCUGCCUACCGCUAAAAGUAGUUCCUAAGUAUUUUCUUGAAAAAACAUAUUAAUUUAAUGAAAUAUAUUAUAAUUCUAUAGCUUAGAUGCAUAAAUUAAAAGUUAUCUAUUGAAAGUUUUUACUCUUAUUUCUAAAUGAACUUAGCAGAUCGACAAAUUCUAUUUUCAAGAUUGAAAUUACCCUUAAAAUCGGUUCGUUUAUAAAUACCGUUAUGAAAGCCAGAAUCAUUGUUUGGAGAAUACUUAAAUAUUACUAAAAAAAAAAUAUUUUCCAAUUUUAAUGUUUCGAGUACCUCAUAUGUUCUGUAAUCAUGAUUACUGCUAUGCCUGUAUUGAACUGUGAAAGUGUUUUUUUAAUUAACAGAAUGUUUUUUUUUAUUAAUAUGAUUAAAUUUCUGAUCUAAACAUAUUAAAUUAAUCUCAACUACUUUAACAAUUACUUAUAACGUUUAACAGGGUUUUUAUAUCUAAAAUGUGUUUUGACGAAGUGAAAAUGCAGAAUGUUUUUUUUUUUAAAUAUGUAAUGCUUUUUCACAAUGCAUUUGACUUAUAAAAAUCCAACUUUUAUUAUUUAUUUUAAUUAUAUAUGUAACUCUAUACCUCCCAUUUAGGGAUGGCGACAGGCCAAACAAAUAGUGUAGUUACAAUAUGACUGAAAAAAAAACCGAUUCAUUAAAUAAAAUACGAAUUUGGUUAUCCAAGUAAGUAACGGGAAUUCCGUUGUACAUUAAAUCAACAAAAUUAUAUUAAGAGUCUUAAAUGUAUGUAUGUAUAUAAGAGAAUAAUUGCAAGUAACAAAAUAUUAUAAAAUGAUGUUUUAGUAUAAUUAUUUUCUAAUGUAAUGUACAGUGUAGUUACUUAUUCGUUUUUUUGUUGUGCAAUACACCUAAAAAAAUUAAGUGUAUUAUAAGCAACUUGUAAAAUGAACUUUUGCAUAGUGCCACACAUGAUUGUAGAAAGUAAAAGAGCAGCAGUAAAGUUCGGACGAUGACAGAACUGUGUCUUCAAAACCCGAAGUCUUCCAAAUUACAUUGGGGGGGUACCGUAAAAUGGGGAGAAUCGGGACACUUUUUAAGUUCGACAUUUUUAUAGUUUUUUUUUGAGAUCUAGUAAUAAAACUGAGAUCAUAAUGGUUCCAGAGGCUUAAAUUUUUAUAUACGAUGCGUUAUUAUACAUAGUUCAAUACAAGAUAUACACAAAAACUAAAAAAAAACUAGCUUGAACCGAAUCACCUUGGCUUUGGGGAGAAUCAGGUUACGUAUGAGGACAAUAGAGCUUUUCGAUAGGGCUGGGCACUAUUUAGUUGUUAGGUAGGUAACUUUAGGUAAUUAACUUUUUAAUAUCUUUAAUGAGUUGCAAAACUUUGAUGACUAAAUUAAACUAUUUAAUAUUUUUAAACACUAAAUAAAAGUAAUUUUCAGUUCAACAAAGUUAAAUCUAACAACUCAACAAGAGUAUUGUGACAUCCCAGAUUUGUCCCUAUUCUAACUCUAGUCUCUAUUCCCCCCAAUCUACUGUAUACGACAAAGGGAAAAUCUUCCAUUGAGCGGGUGAUAUUGCUCGGCAGGCCGACGGUACGAAUGUUGUUCGGGACUUGUAUAUAAUUAUGCAAGCUUAUAUUGAAGAUGUCGUAAGCGAGAUUUAGACAUCUGUCAAAUAUCUUGUGUUGUAUGAUGGCAAUCGCCACACAACAUGCAUACAUAUAUGUGCCAUUGGCAACAGCCCACAUUGGUAUUGGUAUUAAAUUUUAUUAACUAUAAAAGAGUUUAAUUGCCAGUGUGUUUUCCGAGACUAAUUGUACAACUUUCUUCUUCAUUAUUUUUACGGAGUUCUGACUUUACUGAUAUUCUUUAAGCGAUAUUCAAUUUCUAAAACCGAAACUAGUUGAUAGCGGAGACUUCCAUGAUUUUCAAUGAAUUUUGUAAUAAAUUUACUCUUAAAGGUUUUAGUAAAAAGUGAUUAAUGUUUCUUUUUUAAAUCAUUACAAUUAGUGCUCAGUAGGUCAAUUCUGUGAUUACUUUCACAGGUAUUUGAUUUUCUCACAAAUCCUCUUGGAUCGUGAAAACUAUUUAAAUAUCUCAGUAUAUUUUUCAAGAACUAGGUAGAUGUGAAAACCAAGCUAUAUUUGACUGGGCGGUGUAAUUUUUUUUUAUAUAUCUCUAAUGUACUUUUUAUACUAUUUUGAUACUUGCAAAUGAAUAAAUACUAUAUCAAAUAUAAAGUGUAUUUGUAACAUUUAUUAACACAUACAUCUCAAUUACAGUAUUUUAAUUGUAAAUAAUUUGUAAAUGAUUAUAUGUAUAUGUGUAGUGAAAAGAUCAAGGUGUGUGGAUGAAGUUAUUUUUUUAUUUUAUUUUCUUUUAUUUAGAUUUUUUAUAUUGUGAUCGCACUAUGUCGCGCAUUAGAACGAGAUAUGUGUAAAUAUAAAAGAGUUUUUACAAAUGUAUAUGAUAUUGAACAGAGAUCUUUAAUUAUAUGAAUUCUAUGAAA